UAUACUUGCGCAGAGGUAGAAGAGGCAACCAACCAUCUCAUCAUCAACAACAACAACAACAACAAUUUUACAUACAGAGAUACGAGCACAUACAUACAUAUAUAUAUAGAAAGAGAGGGCUUGUGUGUUUCAAACUCUGAUAGCUUUGAUUUGAUUUGAAACAUGGAGGGCUUUCAAGUCUAGGGUUUGUACAGAAAAGUCUAGAGAGAGAGAGAGAGUUUGUGUGUUUUAGAGAGAGAUGGAUCCAGAGCAGACGUUUAUUCGGGUCCAAGAACGGUUCUCCCAGAUGCUGACGCCGAGAAUUAGAGCAUCGCUGGAGUAUAUAUACCUCUUCGUUGCAAUCACGCUGUUCUGUAUUUUGGUUGUCAUGCAUGCCAAUUAUGUUCAACAGCCUGGCUGUUCAAGUCAGCUUACUGGUGUUGAAACAACUGAAGCCCAGCUUAUUCAGAUCAAGAUUACCAGUGCUGGCUUGUGGUCACAAAAUGUGCCUCAAUAUGAUGUGAUAGAUGUUCCUGUCAAGGAAACCAAGACUGAAAAUUUGGAAGUUGAAGGAGGAGAUGGAUUGAUAUUUUUGGCCACGAAGUCUUUGGUUAACUGGGUUGGUUCUAGCGCCAAGAAGGACAAAUUGACAUUCAAAUUCUGGAAGCCCGAUCAUGAACAUCUUGAAUCUCAGCCAGAAACUUCUUCCAGCAGUGAAAGCUCUAAGCCAGACGUUGAUGAUGUGGUCCUUAAAAUCAACAAAGAGGAAUCUCGUUUUAGGUUUCCUCUAUUAGCCAAGGAGUCAUUUAAAGCAGCAAUAGUUCGCAUUUGCAGAAAGUGGCAUGGACGUUUAUCUUUCUGUUGGAGACAUGCAAAAAGGAUCCUUGGGGGUUUGUGGAAUAUUGCAGGUAUACAUUUGAAUCUUGAUAUUCCUAAAUGGCUACAUAUACUUCACUUGGACCGGCUUAACUCAUAUGCAGUGUUCUGGCUUGAAAAGAGAAGCAAAGCAUUUGAACCAACUUAUUUAUACACAAUGGAAAAGGGUUAUUUCUUGCUGCCUGAAGCAUCCAGGUCUCGGCACAACAUACGUACCGUUAACAUUUGAGAUGAGUAGGAUUGUAUAUGAGCCGACUUUGGAAACAGGUGGCAGCAACUUCUGAUAAACAGACUUGUUGGAUAUGAUACUAUUUUGAUGAAUAGUCUGUUGAGUUCUCCCGGUCAAGGUUAUUUAUAUAAUUACCAAACAAAGGAGUUCUAUAAUCUUACUUAUGCACAUGAGCAACCUGAAAGUGCUGCAAAAUUUGGAGAUUAUCUUGUCACCAAGUGUGGUGUGCUUAUGAUGUCGCUGUUUGUUUUCUUCACAACUACAAUGUCAGUUUCAUUUACGUUGAGAGAGACACAAACUCGCAUGCUGAAGUUCACUGUGCAGCUUCAACACCAUGCUCGACAUCGGCUUCCUACAUUCCAGCUGAUCUUUGUGCAUGUUAUUGAAUCCCUCGUCUUUGUACCGAUUAUGAUUGGUAUUCUAUUUUUUCUGUUUGAGUUUUAUGACGACCAGCUGUUGGCUUUCAUGGUCUUAAUUCUCGUUUGGCUGUGUGAACUAUUUACUCUGAUCAGUGUCCGCACACCAAUAUCUAUGAAGUUCUUUCCUCGGUUCUUUUUGCUCUAUUUUCUGGUGUUUCAUAUCUAUUUCUUUUCAUAUACAUACGGUUUUUCGUAUUUGGCUCUCUCCACAACUGCAGCAUUUAUGCAGCACCUCAUCCUCUACUUUUGGAACCGAUUUGAGGUUCCUGCUUUACAGAGGUUUAUGCAAAACCGCCGGUCACAGUUUCAGCAACACCCGGAUUUCCACAUCACAUCAUCUACAAUUCUUGCCUCGACCUUGCAUAUCACUAGAUUAAACACAAGAAACCCAAAUCCAGUUAAUACAGAUCUGAUCUCUGGAACUGGACCUAGGGCUGGAUCCAAUCCAGUUAUACCGACGACCAAUACAGCAGAACUUCCUGGAUUGCGAGGACAAGCAGAGAACGACAACUCAAAUAGGGGGCCCAAUCCUUUACAAGUUGCAGGGCAACCCGACAUCCCCCAAGCAGAGACUGGUGCCAACGCUGGGACCAUGAAUUCGUUUAGUAACUUGCUACUGUGGAUCUUGGGCGGGGCUUCGUCUGAAGGGCUCAACUCGUUUCUUUCAUUGUUUAGAGACGUGCGAGAUCAAGGCGGCCAAGUUUAUCCAGAACCAGCCAGGCAGGAAAAUCAUACAUCACAAAAUGCUCAAUAAGGAUUGGAAUGUUGGUUGGUCCUUGUAUUUUUGAAUGUUUAAUUUUAAUGUCAUUGUAAAGAUUUUUGUAGGAAUAUUAGUUUAUACAGAAAUGGUUGUAUAAACUCUUUUUUCUUUUUUUUUUUGAACUGAUGGUUGUAUAAACUGGAUAUGGAGUAAUGGUCAACAACAACGGUAUUGUUAACAAACAGAAGCUGAAAAUAAGAAAGGGUAAAGGAAAAAAAAAUGUUAUAGUUAUUAGUGAAACUCAUUA